UUAUAAAGCCCUAGGCCAACCCGCUCCUUUUGUUCGCGCUGUCGCUCUCUCGUCGCCUACUCUUCUCACGGGGACUCCUCCCAAGCUCCUCUUCUCGUUCCCAUGGCGACAGUUCCAGUUAACCCAAAACCAUUCUUGAACAAUUUGACUGGGAAGCCUGUGAUUGUGAAAUUGAAGUGGGGGAUGGAAUACAAAGGUUAUCUUGUCUCAGUAGAUUCCUAUAUGAACUUGCAGCUAGCCAACACUGAAGAAUACAUUGAUGGGCAAUUCUCAGGAAAUCUUGGGGAGAUACUGAUAAGUAGGUGGACUUCUAAUGCGAUGAGUGAAAUCAGGACUGUUCAUAAUAGUGAGCAGAAUUUUGAAAGAUUGUCAUGCAAAAAUUUUAGGAAGCAUCAUCGCAAAUCCUCAACUUCAUUUGUUAUCAAAUCUGCAAGGUGCUGAAAAUAAAAUUCAAGAUGCAACAAUGUGCUGUACCUCCGUGGUGUACCGGAGGAUGAAGAAAUUGAAGAUGCUGAAUGACAAUUACAUCCAGGAGCCAUUUUUCUUUCUGCUGAUACCCGGAUGUCUGAAAGCAGGAUUAGCAGAUGCGGAUGUAGUUUUAACUCUGCACACAAUGGAUCAUCACUUUUAUCGGGGUGUAUUAAAAGAAAAAUGGUCCUGGUUUGAACCAUCUCAAAAUUGCAGCACCUGCUUCAUGGUAUUAACUUGACAUGCAGUAAAUCUUCACUUUAUCAGGGAAAUAAAAACACUUGAAAGAUGAUAUGCUUGAUCGAUACUCUUUUAUGUUUCAAAAUUCUCUUAUGAUGACAUUUUGCAUUCUGUUCUUUUUUCUUCCACUACAGGUGUGCGAGGUCCUAGUUGGCUGUCACCUAUCAGCUUCUUUUCUAGCGCUUACCGGAGCCUGAGGCUGUACAUUUGGGCUCUGGCAUUUUGAUGGCCGGGGAAACAACCUCCCCAUUUUUUCGGCACCACAACCAUUCCCCGUCCCCGCCAGUCUUUUUCCAAAUCUCGCUCCAAUAUUCUCUUUCACGUGCCCUCACCGCGCCUCCGCAAUAUAUGUGUGAAUGUCUAUUUAUGUAGAUAAAAUUAAUGAGUGAAAAUUUAAAUGGAUUCGCCGAUGGAUAUGAACUAAUGUAAAUAUCUAAACUGGGUAUCGUUUUACGUUGUCCGAUCCAAUCCAUCAUAGAUGGGUCAGGUUUGUUCUGUUUUUUAAAA